AUGGGUAUCCGCAACACCCUCAACGGGAAUCAGGGCGGAAUACCUACCGAACUCGUAGAUGAGUUCCGUUAUUUGUGCUGUUUGCGAAAGGACUAUAGCAGCUACGAGAGAAAUAUUCACCAAAGAUGCGCUAAGGCCAAUUCGGGAUUCAACUUCUUGUCGAAGUGCCUGUGGUUGACACUCUUCGUCAGGGAACUCAGGCUGCGAGUGUACCCACCCACCUUUAAUUCGUCCUAUCAUGGUGUGCGAAUCGGAGACGUGAGCAGUGCCGUCGGCGGUUAUGGAGAAGCCUGA